AGUUGCUGGACGAGCAGCCGUGACCGCUCCCUCCAUCAGCAGCCUGCUCCUCUGGCGCCGGGUUGGGGGGCAAUGCGCAUGCGCCUGUCUCCACCUUCCCUCCCCCACAAUGCACAGCCGGGCCCGCGGGAAACCAAAAUGGCGUUGGUGUAACCGGAGCUGGCGCUGAGUGUGAGUGAGGAGUAACGGCAGUGGCUGCGGUGAGAGGGGUAGCCGCCUACAGCACCGCAUGCUCUGGGGGAAAAAAGAGGGAUUUCACUGCCGUGGCCGAAUGAGUUGAUGAUGCCAUUUUCCUGAUGGACAGAGACAGUACGGGAGUAGGUAACUCAUCUCUCCACAAACAAUCUCCCUCCCAUCGUAACCUGAAGACGCCAGUGUCCUCGGUUCACUUGUCAUUACAGGAUGGAUCAAAAGGAAAAAGACCUGUGUGCAAAUUUGAGGAAGGCCAGGAUGUCCUAGCCAGGUGGUCAGAUGGCUUGUUUUAUCUUGGAACAGUCAAAAAGGUGGACAAACCGAAAGAGAGCUGCUUUGUCAUCUUUGAAGACAGUUCAAAGUCCUGGGUCUUGUGGAAAGACAUACAGACUGGAGCCUGUGGAGGUGGAGAGAUGGUUUGCACAAUAUGCCAGGAAGAGUGCUCUGAAGUACCUAAUGAAAUGGUUAUUUGUGACAAGUGUGGACAAGGCUAUCAUCAGAAAUGUCACAUGCCUAACAUAGAUUCAAGUGUGAUUGCAUCAGAUGCUAAGUGGCUGUGCCGCCAGUGUGUCUUUGCCACAACCACAAAGAGGGGUGGUGCUCUUAAGAAGGGACCAAAUGCCAAAGCUCUGCAAGUCAUGAAGCAGACAUUGCCAUACCAGUUGGAAGAUCUUCAGUGGGAUGUAGGCCAUAAAACAAAUCAUGAGCAGUGUUAUUGUUACUGUGGAGGCCCUGGGGAUUGGUACCUGAAAAUGCUGCAGUGCUGGAGAUGUAAACAGUGGUUUCAUGAAGCCUGUAUACAAUGCUUGCAGAAGCCUAUGCUUUAUGGAGACAGGUUCUAUUUAUUUAUUUGUUCUGUUUGCAAUUCUGGACCAGAAUACCUCAAACGUCUACCGUUACGAUGGGUUGACAUAGCACACUUAAGCCUUUAUAACCUAAGUGUUAUUCACAAAAAGAAGUAUUUUGAUUCUGAGCUUGAAUUGAUGACCUACAUUCAUGAAAAUUGGGACAGACUGCAAACUGGUGAGCUUGCAGACACUCUAAAACCUGACCGACGUGACUAUAUUCUUGAAGCCCUAAAUGAGAACAAGUGCAUGUUUAUGUCUGGAAAAGAAAUCAAGAAGAAGAAACAUUUGUUUGGAUUGCGAAUUCGGGUUCCUCCCAUUCCUCCAAAUGGUGCAAUGAAGACUGAGGAAAGCACUGAGGAAGUUUCUCAUGAAUUUAAAAUUAAAGGGAGGAAGUCCAGUAAAUCCACACCUUUACCUGCAGCUGCAAAAAGUCCUUUAAAUAAUGGCAUAGAAAAAAAAGGCAAGAAAAAGUCUUCAGUUGAACCUUCCGAGCAAUACACAAAAUUGAAGAAAGUCAAGAGGUUUUCUAACCCAGCAACUGUGGAAACUGAGAAAAGUAACCAAAGCCACUGUGAUUUUCAGGACCAAUCUGCAACGUUGGAUUCACUUGCCUUGGAUCUUCCUGGUCCCAAAAGGAGACUUGUUGAGCAAACAGCACAGUCUUCUAAUACCUCUGAUGUAGAAUCCACUGGUGCAGCUAGUACCACAGAAACUACCUCAACUAGCCUGUCUCGACAGUCCAGUCUUUCUGGUCCAAGAAGGAGAACUCGCACUGGUAGAUCUUGGCCACUGACUUUGCAACGUUUGAAAAAAAGACGAGGCCGCAGCUCUGCAAGAACCUUUCAGGCGCAGACAUCGGAAAGUGGGAAUGAUGUUGAUGAAAAGGAUGAUUGCCAGUAUGAUGGACUUGAUACCGAAAUCAUUGAUGAUCGGGAUAUGCACCUAAAUCACUUAAAAUCAUCAAUUACCAACUAUUUUGGUGCUGCUGGUAGACUUGCUUGUGGUGAAAAGUAUCGAAUCUUGGCUCGUCGAGUGACUCUGGAUGGCAAAGUUCAAUACCUGGUAGAAUGGGAAGGAAUAACUGCGUCUUGAUUCUUAGCAAUCAAGUUUGUUUCAUCUUGAGAACACUUGAACCUUUAAAGAUGAGCUUCAGAAAGACUAUAAGGUCAUUCUGAGCCUCUCCUAUGUAUUUCUAGUAAACUUUAUUCCUAUGCAACUGAGGUUUAAACCCUGGGAGUGGGUAAUUGAGUGUAAAUGUUAAUUAGCCAUAAUCUUCAAUAUUUUCAGGAACCAUUUGCAAUAUAUUAGUGACUUUUCCACUCAGGCUUGAUAUAAGAAUUUUGGUGCUACUGCUUACAACUGUGUACUUAAACCAUACCUGCAGGGAUUAAUUGAUCUGUAGGUCAGUCUGUACCAAAAUGAAGUAAUGUAAUUUUUUAAUAUUGUCUGUAGUACUAGUAGACGUUUUCAGAUUUUCAAGUGUAUUGAAUUCACAGGGUGAACAGAGUAUUGCCUUUUGAUGUAGCAGUACUGUACCCGGCAACUUUGCUGUAUCUUAAUGAUCACAUUGAUACCUCUGGAAUUUCAGAAAUGUUACCUAGGAUUGUUUUUAAACUGGCAAAUUUUUUUAAUAAUGCUAGUGUAAGCAAAUCCGUUAUUUCUAUUUGUUUUUAAAGGAUUUGAAAUGGGCAUGUUUAGCCAAAGAAUUAAAUAUUAAAUUCACUUGUGUUAAGCAGAAAUUAUCAAGUAUAUUCAUGACAUUUAUGUGGAAUAUUGUCUAUUUUGUCACCACAUUCUGCACCCAUUUCCCCUUCAAUUACUUUGCUGUUUUACCUGCUGUUCUUUAAAAAAAAACAACCUUCAUUUAUUUCCAGAUGUUUGAGGUGGGCACCGGCAGUUCUUCGGUACAUUAUUGAUUAGUGCCUUUUUAUUCUGUAUUGGGAUGUAUUGGCAAUUCUUUCCUGUGGUCAUCAGGGUUUCCUGAUGGUACUUCUGGUGAUAGACCCACAAUCUGUGAAAUUGGCAGUUCUAAAAUUCUAAUCCAGAGUAAAUGGAGUUUAGUUCUUUGUUAGGAUAUUGUGACUUGGGUAGUGGUGUGGUGGGUACUGUACAUGGUGUUCCCAUGAACUUGAGCAUUUCCCUUUUAAGGCCAUCUGUGGGUGUGGAACGUGCAUUUGAAGAAACGGUGAGUUGCUCCAGAUUUGGAUUAAGAAACAUGAUAUGGUCAAGGUAAAGAAAUUGAUUACUUAACCUUCAUGUAAAAAUUGACAAAGCUUGACAAAACUGACAAUAAGCUGGGUAUAGGUAGAUGGCUUCAAUGUGUAGGUUAGGAAAUGAGGUGCCAAUCAUUGGAGAUGAUGAAUUUCAUCUAGCUAUUUACACCCAAGCAAAUGAAUAUUGAUUAAUUCCCAAAUUAUAACUUGGUGGAAAGGCCUUGAGGAAUCGGGUGGCAAGCCACUUAACACAUAGGUUAACCUCUACCUCCACCAGAAGCCGUGGAGUUUUGGCCCAUUUAUUUAAGGGGAAAGUUGCUCCAGGGUUUUGAUAACUCAUUGUGAUUAUCCAAAGCUUAAUUUGUUUAUUAAUGUUGAUGACUCAUUCUGUCACUUGGCAGUUGAUCUGGAGCAAUCUGAUAGGCUACUAAUUGAUCAGGUUGAACUAUGCACACUAUUGGGUGGGUGCCAGUUGUUAUAGUUAGACUGGAAACUAUACAUUACGUACUGCUGGAACAGCAACAGUUUGGACAGAGACGAAAGGAUGCAAAGUAGUUAUCUGUCUUUAGCUGGGUUGAAUUUAAUAAAUUAUAAAUGCAUGCAACACGAAAUAAAGCAAAGUCAAGAAUCUUACAAAAAAAAUUACAGAUAAUGAUCUGAAAUGCUAGUAAUACUGUAGAGAUCCAUCUGUUAAUAUUUCAGGUUAAGGCUGACUAAAGCCAGCCCUGUUAGAUUGUAGUGCCUAAUUGCCAGAGCUUUCAAACACUUCAGCAAAUUAUUUACAAGUGUUUCUUUUCCAAAUGUUUCUAAAGGAAGUUGCACCAGUAAACUGUUGACAAGGAAUGAACAACAGCAAGUUGCAUUGAGAGUGCAUAUGCAUGAUGUAUUAAAAUUGUCAGUUUCCUGUGGCAUUGUAUAAGACUGGACGAUGACCACAUUUAGUUGUGAAGUAGGAUUAGAUGAUUGGAUUAGAACAUGUAGAUAAUUCGAUCUCAAUGCAAUAUACCACGGUCCUUUUCUACACUGUUGUUUAAAACAAAAUAAUUUGGUAAGCAGCUAAUAGACCUUAAUAAUCCAUUAUCUGACCUUUCAGAAAUCCUGAUGGUUCUGCAUCAGGCUUACCAGGUAACGUUUCCUAUGCUAAGACUCGGUGGGGACCGCACUUCCCUAAAACUUAGUUCAAUGGAGAAUCUUAUUUUUUGUGAUAUCAUAAUCUAAGGUGUUGUGUUAGUAACAUCCAGUUGUCCAAAAAAAUUCACCAGUCUGAUAGCACCACAGCUCUUGAGUGUUUCCAGAUUAUCAGUUUUACUGAUUUUUUGUUCAGAAGGGGGACCUAAAGUUUCAUUAAUUUUAGGUAAUUGCAUCACAAUGUAUUUACAUUGCAGUAAUGGAAAAGUGAUAAAUGUUGUAUGGAAGAAAGAGUUCAAUUUAAAUUGUUUUUCAUAAUGUCAGUGUCUUAAAAUACUGAGAAAAUCUUUUUAAGGAUUGUAAAGUCACGUCAUAGUGAGGCUGGAUCCAGUGAAGAUAACUAAUGUUUCUUGGCAAGCAAUAUAAUAAGAGGUGCCAUUGAGUUUCUAAUUACAUUUUGGAGCUAACAAAUACUGUAUGUAAGGAAAAUUGAAGUGUACAAAAUAAAACUUAUGAAAACCCAGUUCUGGAAGUACUUAAAACAGCAGAAUUUGCAAAACCUGGCAGCAAGGUUAAAUUGGAUUUGGAUGUUGAAGCUUUUGUGUUAUUUGGUUGGCUAUCAUGGAACUUCUGGAAAUUUGGGCCAAUUCUUGAAUUUAUCCACAAAGCCAUCUGUCAAAAUCAU